AUGGCAUCCUCCCUGCUAUUGCGUCGCGUAUGCGUCCCUUCCUUCUCGAGCCGACUUGCUGCCCGAUCCCUCUCCACAACAGCCGUUCUGCGCAGCGACGACGGUAAACCCUCAUUCGGAUUCAAGCACACUCCCGCUCCUCCACGUCUCCCCAAAGAAGAACAAGAGAUCUUCGAAGAACUUCAACGUCGCUCAACGGGUGCAUUCAGCACGCCCCAGGUCAAUCAGUCACCACAGUCCGACGCCCGGCCAGAGAUCAAGGUCAACGGAAGUGGCGAGGAGCUUCACCCGGAUGCGCUGCAGGGCCUGAAGCCCGAAUUCGAGGGCGAGAAGAAUCCCAAGACGGGAGAAAUUGGCGGACCUAAGAAUGAGCCUUUGCGAUGGGGAUCCGCUGGAGAUUGGAGCUAUGGUGGCCGUGUGACUGAUUUCUGA